GUAGCAUUGAUAGUGUGAAUUGAAUAGCUAUAUUGCAUGUUCCUUAUGCUCUGAUAUCUACUAUUUAUCUCCUUUUUUACCUACCUAUUAUCGCUCAGCCAUCCAGACAUUCCACCCUCACUCCUAACUCACCGAAUCCCUAGACGGAAAAUAAAUACAAUAAACCAACAUGGAAUGGGCAAAGCAGAAGUACAACGAGCAAUACGAGGUCUGGAUGCCCUGGAUCGAAGACUGCUUCUUAAAGUACUUCACCAAAGACAACAAGGCUAGCUAUUCGACAAAAGAGCAACUAGACAAGGCGAAGGUGACCGGCAUAGAUCAAGUCGACACUCUCCAAGACGGGGUCCACAACGUAGCCGCCGGGCAAGUGGGGCAGGGCGGCCUACUACAGCCGGUCGGUGAUCUCGUCUCGAAUGAAGGUAUCAACCGAGCCGAACGUCAAGGAAAGGACGACCAGGGCGGAUAUCUACCCUCUUCUGUACCCGGAAUUCCCGGACUUUCCGGAUUGAUGAAGUAGGAUAAUACUCCUUUAUCACGAAAGUUUUUCGACGGGGCAACACAACACGUACCAAGCAUCAAUGACAUAUGGCACGGUAUACGGGGAGUCAAUAACGACCACUAAGAGAAUGAUUAGUAAUACUCAAUUGAUUGAAGGAUUGAACCGUUGGGAUAUGAGAGGGAGUUCCAUUGACGUGUCACUUCGCUGCUUGAAUUUAUACUCUUUUAGUAUGAUUUAACUUUG